AAAUAAUUCGAAUUGAGUGUUGUUUUAAUUUAAUUAUUUAUAAAUAAAAACAAAGAAACUGUUGUUGCCUGCAGGGCUUAAUUGGUUUGUUCAAUAAUGGUAGCCUACUGUUGUGUUAAAGGUUGCAGUAAUAACAGCAGCAACAAGAAGAAAGACCCCAAUGAUGUGACAUCGUUUCACUCCUUCCCAUCAAAUACAGAACUUAAACAAAAGUGGCUAAAAGCUAUUGGGAGGCCAGACUGGGCUCCACCGGCCUAUGCCCGCAUUUGCAGCGGACACUUCAGCUAUGAGCAGAUAAACCAUGAUGGACGGAGGAUACGGAUUAAGGAUGAUGCAAUACCUGUAAAAGAUUUACCUGCCAACUCCAACUUUGAGGCGUCAGAUGUGGAAGUCUGCCGGUUUUGUCUGGCCACUGAGGUGCGCCUGCACAGCCUUCAGGAUGGAGUGCACCGAAUUUACUUGGAGUCCUUAAUAGGAUAUAAUGAAAGCUACAAUAUAGAAGGUCUUCCACAGUUUAUUUGCUAUGAGUGUGCCGCUCACCUGAAGAAAUGCUACAAUUUAUUGGAAAAGAGCCUGACUGUACAAGCUACUUUACUGGACAUCUUUGCACAAUAUGGAAAGAUCACAAUAAACCUUAUUAAUGCAAAGAAUCGCAAGGAGCUACACUUGUCAUCGUCAUUAAGCAUUCAAGAAAUUAAAACAAUUUAUGAAUUCGAACACAGCCAUGAUUUAGAAAACCAUGAAAGCCACAUUGAACGUAAACUUGUAACAUAUGACAAUUACUUAAGCAUGCCUAAAUUAGAAGUUACAGAUUUAAUGAUAAAUCCUGAAGGUAUUAAAGAUAGUAACAAUGCUGAAGCACUGAAUGAAGAUGUCAUUGAAGACAGAAACUUGAAAGAUGAUGAUAGAUUAGAUGAUCCUUUUGAUGAUGCAUUUAGUAAUUCUACUGAGUUGGGUUUAGAUGACGAAGGUAUAUCUAAACCAGAAAAUGUAACACUGGAUAAAGUACCCAAACGAAAGACAUUAACAUAUCCUGUCGAAGCAAAUAUGCUUCCAGGGCUGACGCCUGACGAACGCAACAUGCUACAGUAUUUUGAUAUUAUUUUUUUGAAGUUAGAACAACAAAUAGAAGAAUGGAGCAAAUCAAGAGAGAACAAGGAAUUUAGUGGAGAAUCGUUUAAAUGUCACAUAUGCUCGAAAGUGUUUGCACAUCAAAAUAGCUAUAAACUGCACACACAGAGUCAUGAUCCCAGCCGAGGGAGCGCCGAGUGUCCCGUAUGUAAGGCCCGUUUCAAGAGCGAGGUGUUAGCGCGCUCUCAUACCAACCGGACUCAUGUUAAGAAGUUCUACUGCAAAUUAUGUCCGAAGGCUUUCAACAAUGUCGGCGUAGCAAAGAAGCAUCAAAAGUGGCAUGCGGGCUACAUAUACAAAUGCAACCACACACAAUGCUCGUUCUCCACCGCGCACCCGUCCGCGCUCGGCGUGCACCGGCGCGCGCAGCACUCCGGCGCGCACGCCUGCGCGCGCUGCGGCCGCGCCUUCGUCGGCGAGAGGGGGCUGCGGCUGCACACCGUCACCGUACAUCGAGACAUUGGAGAGGAAGCUGAGUCUGAAGAUAAUUCAAAAUAUAGAUGUCAUCAGUGCGAGAUCAAUUUCAAGUCGGAAGGGGCGCGUCGAGUCCAUAUUCUCACGUCUAAUCAACACAAGAAGAAAACGAGUCUAUGUGAGACAACAUCUCAACAACAAAGUCUCAAAACCACUUGCAACAAGUGCGGUACAGAGUUCCCGACGCUCAAGGUGCUAAUAGAGCACAGAAGAGCAGAGCACAGAAGGACCAAACAGAAAACCAGCUGGAGUCUGCCAGGAGACUCUUACCCGACGAAGUGUGAUCAUUGCGAUACGGUUGUGCCCAAUCGUGCCGAACAUUGGCGUCAUGUUCGCAUAACACACCCGGCGCAACGCGCCACAUACCGGCCCGUAGUGACUGCUGUCUGCGACACUUGCGGGAAAGGCUUCCAGAACUCAACAAAACUGGCGCUUCACGUGCUCCGUCACGGCGCGCCAUCCGUACCGUGCCCGCGCUGCCCGCGCGUGUUGUAUGACAAGUACGCGUUAGCGCGCCACGCCGCUUCACACGCUCCCGUUCGUCCGCACCGCUGCCAGCAGUGUCCGAGGGCCUUUAAACAGAGGGCGAACCUGGAUAGACAUGAACGGGUGCACACUGGAGUAACUCCAUACGGGUGUUCCAUGUGCGGUAAGAAGUUCAAAUACUCGACCAGCAUGAACCUGCACGUGCGCACCGUGCACUAUAAGUUGCCGCACCCUUCGAGGAAGAAGAAGAACAAAAUGGAUGAGAGUGAUAGUCAUUAUCAGAAAUAA